GCAAUGCUAUGGAAUUUGACUUUUUCUCUUUUGUAGCGCCAUCCAGAAUACAAUCACUGGUCCGGCCAUUUGGCAAGGUCAAACGACAUCGCUUUCAUACUUUCCUAAACCUAUUGCGUCGCGUCAGUCAUAUUCAGUUAAGUGAUAUUCCAGUGGGCCGAGCGACAAAGAAGUCAAGCUCAUUCAAUCCUUUAGCUUUCCCUUUAGGGAGAAUUAUUUACAACUUCACCACUACUCUGGAUGAUCAACAGUCAUUAUUGGAAGAGUUUGAGUAUUUCCGAAGAAUAUUUGUCUUUAUCGGCGUUGUUGACGGUUCUGAGGAACAAGACUUCUCACAAUUGCAGUCGUCCUUGGAUGCUUGGCAACGUCGUGUUCCUCAUGCUUCGGUAGCAAAGUGUCUUAUUUUUGACUGUCCUCAAGAAUCGGAGGAAGUAUUUCAAGAUCCCCGAUUUCUGCUUGGUCCAAGAAGCAAUUCGUCCGUAAACUCAAUUACAAGAUCGAUUCUCUGCGACAUUACAGCUGAGUUGUUAGAAGAAUUUAGCUCUCUAGAGUUCUCCCUUCAUGCUAGGUCAGUAAUCUUAUCCCCUAUAACAGAAAUGCCGCAUUUAGCUCCUUUACAGCGAACAAACUCAGUCUCAUCAAUGCAUAGUCCUCGGUCCUCAAUCACCACUCCAAUGAGCAGGACUACCUCCAUUCCUUCUGUUCGCUCUGUGUCUGCUGUAACGGAACGCUCCAAAAGCCUUUCUAAAGGUCGCAUUGAGAAUCAGUUAGGGCAACUGUACCUUUUGGCUGGGAGACUUCCAAAUGCCCUCAAACACUUUGCCAAUGCAAUUGCAAUCACAAAGUCUACCAGCGAUUAUCUUUGGCAAGGAUUAUCUCUCGAAUUGCUUACUGUGUGCUUGAUGCUAAUGGCUCAAUUACAUAUCGAUGUUCAAAUUCCCCAGAAUAUUAUAAGCAUGUUUCCAUCCUAUAUCGAUCGCUUCAAUGAACACGGACCUUUAAAGCUGGACUUUUUGUUUAGUUUCAUAACCGAAACGCGAAACACUAUUGAUCAGCUUUACCAUAAAUCCACUUUGCAACCUAAUGAUUCAAUACCCGGACUUUGUUUUUCUGAGAGCAUCCUUCGAUUCUCCCAUCUUUUGACUAUCGUUUACAUAUGCAAUGGCCUUACCGAUACCGCUUUAAACCAUAUAAUCUCUCAAUCUCCUUUACGCACUUCUAAGUCUUAUUCUUCUUAUAUUCCUAGCAAAGCGACUAUAUAUCAAUGGAUUAUUCGAGCUCGUGGACAGCAUUUAAACUCUCUUUCCAUCCGCGAGAACUGUCGUAUCUAUGGUGCGAUGGCAAAUAUGCUUGGAACUAUAGGCUUUCAUCGUCAACGAUCUAAGAUGCUACGUGAAAUGCUACACAACAUAACUCCAGCCAUUAUGGAAUCAAAAAAACAAAUUAUUUCGAAAAGUGAUUUUCCCGUAGAAAAUACUGCCAUGCAUACUGCUUCAUCAGGCAAUUUCCAGACUGGUUUCGAUAUCCUUCCUUUAAUCUUAGAAGUCUGCGAAGAAUUUGGUUUGUUACGGCUGGAUGGUACAGUUUUGAAUCCAGAAAUAACCAAGUGGGGCUGGACAUCUCUUCAAUUCGAUGUUGUAAAUGAACUUGUUUCUUUCUGCGAAGCACUGUCGGAUUACCAGGCGAUACUUAAAUUGAUAUCCUUAUUUUUUACGUUUUUACCUUCUCAUUCUACUUCCGCUCAGCAAAUAUAUUUACACAAAACUUUCAGGAAGAUUUGCUCAUUUGCUAGCAAUUUAGGUAUGCCAUUUCAAACUCCUUAUUGGGAUCCAUUUAUGAUAAUGGAUAUGGAGUAUAGCGGGCAUCCUGAUUUUGAAGAACCAAAGCUUAUUCAUAUGAAAGGGGCAAAAACAGAUUCAUUUCAAGGUAGGAGUCCUUUCAUUUAUAAUCCAUUCUUAAAAAAGAAUACCGAAAUUCAUAAGACUAAAACCCUUGUAGCAGAUGAGCUUAUAUUUUUUAAUGUUUACUUACGAAAUCCUUUUCAUUUUUCUGUUGACAUUCAGGAAAUUCAUCUCUACACUGAGGGGGUCGAAGUUAUCCAUUCAGUAUGUAUGACUACCCUAAGACCACUAACUACGGAAAUAAUUACUUUAUCAAUAACACCUUUGAAGGCAGGCACACUCAACGUACGUGGUUGUAAUGUUAAAGUAUUUGGGUGUAAACCUUCAGUACAAUAUUUCUAUAAUCAGCAGAAGCAAAAAGAUGCAUUGCAUAUUUCACUGGAAAAAAUUAAACGCAACUUUGAUGAAAUGCGUUCUACUAACGUAGCAAAACACCAGUGGAACAGUGUACCCGAACUUCCAAUCAAUUCGGAAUCAUUAAACUUCCAAGUCAUUGAGAAACAGCCAAAAUUGAUUGUCUCUUCAAGAAAGUUUUCGAUUAACAAUCUUAAUCUUGCCGAAUAUGAAACUGGCGAAUUGAUUUAUACCAUUGAGAACGUGUCUAAUACAAAAGCUACACAUGUUCGUAUCUCUUUUGAGGACAAUGCAUCUAAAGUAUACCAACAGCUGAAGUCAGACAAAAAUAUAACUGCUGAUGUAUUAUAUGAACUUCAGCAAGAGGAAUACCAAAUGCCAACUUUUGAAGUUAAGAAUGAGCAACCGUUUUCCCUUGAGCCAGGUGAAAAGAGAGAAAUACAAGUCAAUGUUAUCGCAAAACCGAUAUCGGGAGAGGGUACUAUUGUUUUCGAAAGCAGUUGUCGAAGCAACGAUGAACAUAAUUUUUAUGCCAGGCACUUAAAGGUACCUAUCAAAUUAAAUUUGAGUAAAAGGAUAACUCUCAGUAACUGGUCUGUUCUUCCAGACAUCCACAAAGAUCCCAAUUAUUGUAUGCUUUUGCUGGAUUUUUAUAAUCAUCAUUCUGAUUCUCUAAAAGUCCUUAUAAAAGAAAAGGAAACGGAAUCGAUUGAAAGCAAACUCGUGAAACCUAAGGCUGAUCACAUAUUCUUUCUACGACUAGCACGCUUUCGUAUUUCAGAGGAAGAGUUAAGCAAAGACAUCCCGAAUCUCUCAUCUAAACAGUUUGUUCUAUCGGAAGGAAUGAAAAAGAGUCUCAAAAAUAUUCAAGCGCUGAAGAGACGGUUUUGGGUGAAACAACAUCUAUUAGAAACUAUUCAGGCUUUUUGGGAAAGCGAUGAUCAAGAUCGGCAUGGCCAAGUUCAUAUGAAGAAUCAUUCGUUGACAGAUGACAUGACCCGAUUACUAUUACUGCCUUCCGUUCAAAUAUUAACAUCUUUACAACAAAAUGGAAAAAUGGCUUCUCGUGUUUUACCGCGUAAGCCGUUUGUACUAGUACUAUCAUUUGUAAGUCAUAAAGAAAACUUACGUUAUAAAAUAUCCUGGGUAUCACUGAGUCCUGAUUCAUUCAAUACAACACAUAGACAAGAGGGAUUAAUACUGGAUGGCCCUGAUGAAGCGACGAUAUCAGUUUCAGAGAAAGCAAGUACUUCACAUAUUGUCGAAAGAACCUUUUUUGCGCUUAGUCCUGGUAUUUAUCAAAUUUAUAUAUCGGCAAUUUCAGAGAAGAAUGAGUUACCUUUCUCUAAUUGCGAUGUCAAUGAACCAUUUAUGCUUCAUGUCGAAACCAACUGAAUAUACUAAUUGUCUUGCAAAUUUCUUAUGUACGUACUGUUACUGUAAUGACAUUUAUACUUAACGGUUGAUGCCUUGUAAAUUAUUCUUCUCUUAUUUAACUACAAAAUAAAUAACAUAUUAAAAUUAACCAAUGAAUGUUUUACAGAAAGAAUAUUUAAAAAUAAUUUGUAUUUUAAAUAGUUCAUGUGG